AAACAGAGAGAGAGAGAGAGUGCGAUCUUGCGUGAAAACUCGUCGCGAUUGGUACUCGGCGGCGAGCCGUCAAUUCGCGGGGCAUCAUCUCCGGGAAGCGCGACAGAGAGAUAACCGAUAACGAUAUUCGUCGAUUCGCGCGAUAUCAACGUAAUAAAAUUUCGUACGCGUUCAGCGACAACAGCGGCCCCGAUGCGGGUCGCGCGCGCUCGUCUCAGGGCAAAUGAUGACUUCGAUGUUGCCCAGCUUUAACCCGCCUAUCGUCAAGCGGCUGCUGGGCUGGAAGAAGGCCGAGAGCGAGGACAAAUGGAGCGAGAAGGCCGUUAAGAGCCUGGUGAAGAAGCUCAAGAAGUCGGCGGGCCUCGAGGAGCUCGAGAAGGCUAUCACUACGCAAAGUUGCAACACCAAGUGCAUCACUAUACCAAGGCCUAGCCCGGGCGGUGUCGGCGACAACGGCGUUCAAGGUGUUCGCGGAAAGGGUCUGCCGCACGUGAUUUACUGUCGACUCUGGCGUUGGCCGGAUUUGCAGUCGCACCACGAACUAAGGGCGAUCGAGCACUGCGAGUACGCCUUCACCCAGAAACGCGACGAGGUCUGCGUGAAUCCUUAUCAUUAUCAACGAAUACAAACGCCAGUUUUGCCGGCCAUUCUCGUGCCGCGGCACAAUCUAACCAGCGACGAGAACACCGUCCUUUACAACACCUCCCUCGAGGAGCUCAGCGUCAGCGUUCCGGAGAACACGAGCUUCCACGCGACGCUAAAUCACCAGCAUAAUCAGCAGCAAAACAUACCGCAGUCCCCGCAACAGCAACAGCAACCAAAUAAUCCGUACCAAGGAAUGCAGAGUAUGCAGGCGACGAGUCCGGCGAGUGUUGGAAGCUUAGGAAGCGUGCAAGGUUCGCCUCAUCCUGCUCCGGGUUCCAUGGAUCCACCAGCAGAUACGCCACCGCCGGGUUACAUCAGCGAGGACGGUGACAAUAUGGACCACAACGAUAACAUGUCUCUGUCACGCCUGUCACCCAGUCCCGUGGAUGCACAACCGGUCAUGUAUUGCGAGCCCGCGUUUUGGUGUUCAAUUAGUUACUACGAGCUGAAUACAAGAGUGGGCGAAACAUUUCAUGCGUCGCAGCCAAGUAUAACGGUGGACGGCUUCACCGAUCCGAGCAACUCGGAGCGCUUCUGUCUCGGCUUGCUAUCCAACGUGAAUCGUAAUACGGUGGUCGAGCAGACCAGGCGACACAUCGGUAAAGGUGUUAGGCUCUACUACAUUGGCGGCGAGGUGUUCGCCGAAUGUUUAUCCGACUCGAGUAUCUUCGUACAGAGUCCCAACUGCAAUCAACGUUACGGCUGGCAUCCGGCCACUGUUUGCAAAAUACCACCAGGAUGUAAUUUGAAGAUCUUCAACAACCAGGAGUUUGCGGCGUUGCUAUCACAGUCGGUGUCGCAAGGCUUCGAGGCAGUGUACCAGUUGACGCGUAUGUGCACGAUCCGUAUGAGCUUUGUAAAGGGCUGGGGUGCGGAAUAUCGCCGGCAGACGGUUACCUCGACCCCUUGUUGGAUCGAGUUGCAUUUAAAUGGGCCACUCCAGUGGCUCGACAGGGUACUCACGCAGAUGGGCUCGCCUCGUUUACCCUGCUCCUCGAUGUCCUAAGUUUUUGCAUCCUCCUCAUUCGUUUGUUCGUUCGUGAUGGAAGAACAUGUGAGAAUAUCUUUUAUGCGCUGUCGUCGUCGUCGUCGUCGCCAUCGUCGAUCAGCUUGUACUUUCAUGUGUACAAUACGCAAAAAUUUAAUUUGUUCAGAUAUGCUCAAACGAACACUGCACAGUGACGCAUAUGAGAAAAAAGGCAUACGAUAUGAAGACGCCAGCAAUUAACAGUUGAGAAAAAAGAAACAUUCGGACAACGAUACCAAGUUUUCCGCGUCAUAGCAGUGGCAUUUUCUCAAAUGUCGUGCAAUUGAGCAACAACGGCGACCACGGCGUAAACGCGACAACAAAAGAGCGCGAAAUUGAAAAACGACGAUUCGUUUGCGCGCGACAGUAUAAAUAUCAUAGCAUAUAUUGAAGCUUGUGUUUUACCACACAUAUACAGACGCCCGCGCGCACACACAUACACGCACACAUACACACACAGUUCAUUGCAAUCGAGAAGAAAAAAAAAAUACAGACACACGCGAGGACGCAGAGACGCGGAUCUUUGCGUCGACUCACUUAUAUCGCGCGUACCGCAAUUGGCGUACAAGAUAUAUCCAGGGUGAUCAUAAUCCGAGUUUAGUCGAUUCGUGUAUAAGUAAUAAAAAAAAACGAGAGUGAUAUUUAUAUAUAUAAAUAUAUGUAUAUAUGUACCGCGCUAAUACAGAGCUCAGUCUUUUAUAUAUUUUUAUUGCUUAUUAAAGCAGACACAACUAUUACAAUCGUUGUAUUACAGUAUACGUCAGAUCUUUACGAGAUAUAAUAUACAUUAAUAUAUUAUGCGUAUGUGUGUGUGUAUGUGUUAAACUUUCACUCCUAGCUCGCGUUAUGGAAUUUAUUUGAAUAUUUUAUAAUACAUUCAGAUGGACACUCAAAUACAGACACACGCACGCACGCA